GAAGCGCAGCGAAAAAGAACACACCUAAAGACCGUGGUGCAUCGUGUAUCCACGUGUAUCAAGUUUUAAUUUGAAACGAAUGUAUUUAAUUUGUUAAUAUUUAUUCUUACUUAAGAUGACAAGUAAUUGGGAUUUAAUAAAAACUAUCGAUCAUGACGAGAAAGUGCCAAAUUACUCUGAAAGUUCAGAUGAGGAAGACGAUUUCCAGCCACAAAAGCACAAGAAGUGUAAAGACUUUAACAGCAGUUUUGAAUUUGAAGACAGUGCCACAGAGUAUGAUGAAAAUCCUUGGAAUGAUUUGAACAAAUAUAUUAAACAGAAAGCAAACACAAAAUUAGAUGAUAAAAUAAAAAAAGUCAGGCAACGUCAUGGUAGUCAGAAUGAAACUGAGAAUGAUUCCAUUAAAGUAAAACUUGAAACAGCUCAGGAUGAUGAUAUCAUGUCUCCAUCAGAGGAUGAACUUAAAAAAGAUACCUUUAAAACCAAGGGAAAAAAAGGUAAAAAGAAAGAGACCUCUGUUGGGGAAAAGGAUGAGGAAACAAUUGAUUUCGAAGAAUAUACAGAAAAUCAAAUCUAUGAUACAUUUUACCAACUGAACUUGUCCAGGCCUUUGCUAAAGGCUCUAAUGGAAAUGAAUUUUGUACAACCAACUCCCAUACAAAGGGCUACUAUUCCUGUAGCUUUGAUGGGUCGUGAUAUUUGUGGCUGUGCGGCAACGGGUACUGGCAAGACGGCAGCUUACAUGAUUCCCACUUUGGAGAAAUUGCUGUACAAAUCGGUCGGUCCCGCCGUUUCGCGAGUUCUCGUGCUCGUGCCCACUAGAGAGCUGGGAGUGCAAGUUUAUCAAGUGACAAAACAGUUAGCUCAAUUUACAACGGCAGAAGUUGGUUUAUCGGUGGGCGGUUUAGACGUCAAAGUACAGGAAAGUGUAUUAAGGAAAAAACCAGACGUUGUAAUAGCAACACCUGGCAGAUUAAUUGAUCACUUAAGAAAUGCACCAACUUUCUCAUUGCACAGUAUAGAAAUAUUGAUUCUAGACGAAGCUGAUAGAAUGUUGGAUGAAUACUUUGCUGAACAAAUGAAGUACAUCGUGCAACAGUGUUCUAGGAACAGGCAAACGAUGCUCUUUUCUGCUACUAUGACUGAGGAAGUCAAGGAUUUAGCCGCGGUAUCCCUCGACAAACCUAUUAAAAUAUUUGUGAAUAGCAAUCAAGAAGUAGCCUUCAACUUGCGUCAGGAAUUUCUUCGUAUACAUAAGGAAAGAGAAGGAGAUCGCGAAGCAAUUUUAGCAGCGUUAGUUUGUCGAACUUUCCACGAUCACACCAUGGUUUUUGCACAGACGAAAAAACAAGUUCACAGGUUGCACAUUUUAUUGGGACUAUUGGGUGUGAAAGUUGGAGAACUUCAUGGAGAUCUUACACAGUCGCAACGACUGGAAAGCCUGCGACGAUUUAAGGAUGAAGAGAUUAACGUAUUGUUAGCAACAGAUGUUGCAGCGCGCGGCUUGGACAUCAUCGGUGUCAAGACGGUGAUUAAUUUCAUGAUGCCGCCGAGUCUGCAGCAUUAUAUACACCGAGUCGGGAGAACUGCACGAGCGGGACGUGCAGGCGUUUCCGUAUCCUUGGCCGGGGAACAGGAACGUUCUUUGGUAAAAGAUGUUAUCAGGCAAGCAAAGAAUCCUGUCAAGAAGAGAAUAAUACCGCCUGAUAUAAUGGAGAAAUACAAUAAAAAAUUACAAUCCCUGGAACCGGACGUGGAACUAAUUCUGGAAGAAGAGAGAAGCGAGAAGGAAUUGGCUAAGGUAGAGAAUCAAGCUAAUCGUGCCGAAAAGUUACUUAAGGAUGAAUAUAACAAAGAUGGAAGAACUUGGUUCCAAACCAAGAAGGAGAGAAAGAGAGAGAAAGAAAACCUGCGGUUAGCUCAAAAAGAAGUUAGCAAAAAUAAGAAACAUGAAAGAGUCCCUUCCAACAUAGUGAAGAGUAAAAAGAAGAAAGCACAGAAACUACGUGAAACUACGAAGGCUGAAGACAGAGCCAAAAAAGAAUUAGACAAACUAGUCGCGUUGCAAGCGCGAUUAUCUAAAAAGAGCGUGAAGCCGAAAAAACUUUAUGCUGUGGACGAGAAUGAUCGUAACGCUACUAAACAAGGAUCAUUGAAACAGUCAUUGAAAAGAAAACAGUCAACGUUUGCUGCAGAUUUAACGGAUACGAGUAAAAAAGGAGUCAAAAGAAUGCGAUACGAGGCAAACAUCAAGAAGAAAGAAAAUAAUCUUAAAACGCAGAAAAAGAAAUUUGCAGUGGGAAAAGGCCAGAAGAAGAACUUUAAAAGACGUUAACUUAGUGAUAUGAUAUGACAUAAUGGUACAUAAAUUAUGUACAGCUAUUAAAUAUAUGCCAUUUUUUACUUGA